AUGAGCGGAUAGUAAAGUAUCAUGAAAUUUUUCGGGAGUAAAAAUAAUACUCCAGCACCUUUACCUAAACAAAGCCCAAUUAAAGGUGUCAUUUAGUAUUAAUAAUAAAAUAUAGAGUUAAUAACUGAAUCAAAGAAAAGAGGGCAUUCAGAAUUGGAGAGCUUGAGCAGUACAAAGGCAGAGAUUAAAACAGAAACUAAAAAAAGAGUAAAUACUGUGGAAAAAUUAAAAAAAAAUAAUAUUGAAGAGGAAAAGACAUAAGUUUCUGAAACAACAACUAAAGCAAGCAACUUCAGUUCAAUUGGUGAAGUCAAAAAGGCGCCAGAAAUUGUAAUUAUAGUAAAAGUUUUAAUCAAUUAGGAAUAGGAAAUAGUUGGCGAUUGUUUAUCAAAUUAUGAAAACUUUAUUGGUGAGUUGGGUGAUUGGUAAACUCCUCUAUAAAGUUAUCUUAAAGGAUCUGGAUUCAAGCAACUCUAUAAGUUUGUUGAGUCAGAGUAUAAGAGUUAGACUAUAUAUCCUCCAAAGGAAUUAAUAUUUAAUGCUUUCAAACAUGUUUCUUUUGAGGAUCUUAAAGUUGUGAUUGUAGGUUAGGAUCCCUAUAUUAAUCUAGGUGAAGCAAUGGGACUGUGUUUUUCUAUUCCAAAGGGAGUCAAAGUGCCACCUAGUUUGAGGAAUAUUUACAAGGCUCUUGAUAAUGAUAAGUAGGUUCAGUUUAAGUUCCCAAAUCCAAUUCAUGGGGAUUUGACUAAUUGGCCAAAAUAAGGAGUACUUCUUCUUAAUGCAAUUCUGACAGUGAGGGAGGGUGUCUCUAACUCUCACCAAAAGAAAGGCUGGGAGUAAUUCACUGAUAAUGUAAUAAAUGUUAUCAAUCAGAAAAAAGAAGGAGUAGUCUUCAUGCUAUGGGGCUCAAAAGCUUAAGAGAAAGCUAAAUCUGUUAGUGCAUCAAAACAUUUGAUUUUGAAAUAUGCUCAUCCUUCACCGUUAGCUGGAGCAGGAUUUCCUAAUUGCCCUCAUUUCUCGUAAGCAAACGAAUACUUAACAAGCAAGGGAAAGUAACCUAUAAAUUGGCAAGUAUGA